GGCCGGGGGCGGAGCCGCCUCGGUGCUCCCGCCCUUCCCGGAUCCCGACAUGGCGGAGUAUUCCUGCGUCAAAUCCACCAAGCUCGUCCUCAAAGGGUCGAAAGAGAAGAGCAAGAAGAAGCACAAGGAAAAGAAAAGGAAAAGGGAAGAGGAUGCGGCAGAGCAGCUCGAUAUUGUUGGAAACUGGUGGGCUGUCAGUAAUUUUGGUGAAAUUACAGGAACCAUAGCUAUAGAAAUGGAUAAAGGAGCUUACAUCCAUGCCCUCGACAAUGGCUUGUUUACACUUGGAGCACCACAUAAAGGUGAUGAAGGCCCUAGUCCUCCUGAGCAGUUUACAGCAGUAAAGUUAUCUGAUACAAGGAUUGCUCUCAAGUCUGGUUAUGGCAAAUACCUUGGUAUAAAUUCAGACGGGCUUGUUGUUGGACGUUCCGAUGCAAUAGGAUCAAGAGAGCAGUGGGAACCUGUCUUCCAAGAUAGGAAAAUGGCAUUACUAGCAGCAAACAGCCGUUUUAUUAGGUGUAAUGAAGAGGGGGACAUAGAAGCCAAAAGCAAAACUGCAGGGGAAGAAGAAAUGAUAAAGAUUCGUACUUGUGCUGAAAGAGAAGCUAAGAAGAAAGAUGAUGUUCCACAAGAAGACAAAGGAAACGUUAAACAGUGUGAAAUCAAUUACGUGAAGAAGUUCCAAAGUUUUCAAGACAAAAAGCUUAAAAUAAGCAAAGAAGAUACAAAAGCCCUUAGAAAAGCCAGAAAAGAAGGCACUUUUCAUGAAAUGCUGCUUGACAGGAGAGCUAAAGUGAAGGCAGAUAGAUACUGCAAGUGACAUCCAGCUGGCCCAUUUUCUUCUGCAACUUUGAUGGCAGCGUCAAAUUGAAGAAGGUAAAAUAUUUUAUAGAUGGUUUUUUAUUUAAGGCAUUUUUUAAGUAUCUUCAGGAACUGUAUUAAAAUUUUCUCAAAUAUUAAUAACCCAUUUAUCACUUGUGAAUACUUGGCUUGUAUUAAGGGAACAGCUCCAGCAAAAAUUAAAGGUAUAUAAAUUAACAAUGGUAAGCUAUUUGCCAUGUAGCUUAAGCCCUAGGAGACAGACUGUACACUGAUUUAGUCCAGAGAGAAAGCUCCCUGGCUUUUAGUUUCCUUUAGGACAAAAUUUAGAAAUAAAUAAAUGAUUGUAUGCAAA